AAUCCACCGUUGUGUGUGUGUUAGCUAAUCGCUUAGCUGUCUAUCUUACUUGAGGGUCAGCUAAGGAGAGGCGUAAAUGUCUCGUAUGACGUUACUGAUUAGGUGCGAUUUAUUCACAGAAUGAUUGUAAGACAUAUAGCAUUAUCCCUUUGUAUUCUGGAAAAAUGAUACGAAUGCUGUCCAGUGUCUCGGCUGGGACUGUCUUACUGGCCAGACAGCCAAAGUUCGUUGAGCUCGCUGUCAGACACCAACACACUGGCUCAUACGAUGUGGCGGUGGUUGGUGGAGGCAUCGUGGGUUUGGCCUCGGCACGGGAGCUGACCCUUAGACACCCAACAUUAAGCUUUGCUCUGCUGGAGAAGGAGAAAGAGCUCUGUAACGAUGCACCAGAGUGGUCACAACAGUGGAGUCAUCCACAGCGGCAUCUACUACACACCGGGCUCUCUGAAAGCCAGACUGUGUGUGAAGGGGGCCACCAUGGCCUAUGAGUACUGCGAGAAGAAGAACAUCCCCUACAAGAGGUGUGGGAAGCUGAUUGUAGCUACGGAGCGUGAGGAGAUUCCCCGUCUGAAGGCUCUGUAUGAGCGAGGCAUGAAGAACAAUGUCCGAGACUUGACCAUUGUCGACGCCAAAGGCAUCAGAGAGAGAGAACCAUUCUGCAGGGGUAUAAUGGCUCUGGACUCACCCUACACUGGCAUAGUGGACUGGCGGAAAGUUGCCCUCAGGUAUGGGCAGGAUUUUAAAGAGGCAGGGGGAACCGUGGCAACUGAGUUUGAGGCGUCUGACAUCACUGUGGUGAGGGAGAGUCCAGCCAGGAGCCCGGAAGGUCUUAAAUACCCCAUUGUUAUUAGAAGCUCCAAGGGUGAUGAGGUGCAUUGUCGUUAUGUGUUGACUUGUGGGGGUCUGUACUCUGACCGGCUGUCCCAGAUCUCGGGCUGUAGUCCUGAGCCCCGUAUCGUGCCCUUCAGGGGGGACUACCUGGUGCUCAAGCCAGAGAAACGCUACCUCGUGCGGGGAAACAUCUAUCCGGUGCCAGAUCCUCGUUUCCCAUUCCUGGGAGUUCACUUCACCCCCCGUAUGGAUGGCGGUGUGUGGCUGGGUCCCAAUGCCGUCCUGGCUUUCAAACGUGAAGGCUACCAGCUAUACGACCUCAAUGUCAGGGACCUCACAGACGCGCUAUCUUUUAGAGGUUUGCAGAAGCUGGUGAUGAAGAACAUAACCUAUGGUUUGGGUGAAAUGUUCAGAGGCGUGUUCAUAGGAGCACAGGUGAAGAUCCUGCAGAAGUUUAUCCCUGAGCUCUCUCUAAGUGAUGUAGUCAGGGGUCCAUCUGGAGUACGGGCACAGGCUCUGGACAAAGAUGGGAACCUGGUGGACGACUUUGUGUUUGACGGGGGCACGGGGGAGAUUGGCAGUCGGGUGCUGCACGUGCGCAAUGCCCCCUCACCUGCUGCCACCUCCUCACUCGCUAUUGCCGAAAUGGUCGCUGAUGAGGCCGAGAAACGUUUUACCCUCUGACACACACACACACACACACACACUCAAGAAAUACCCAAAAGCACACACACACACACACACACACACACACACACACACACAACAUACAGGUGCGGUGGUUGGUGGACACUGACGGAGGGCACGAACAAUGUGCCUCUACAGCAUAUCGCCCAAUUACCGUGCAGUGCGACUCUACUGGAUUAUGUCAGGCAGGCCGGUUGUCCCAUUUGCAUAGUGGGCCCCGUCCCAGCUUUCCGCUAGCCCACUUCUCCACUGACGCCUGACCUCAACUUAGUCCUCACUCACUCUCUCCUUUCCAUACCAUGUCACCCUAUAGGCCAGGCCCCGCAUCGCUGCCUUCCAUAUUCCUUUCACCUGUGGCCCGAUCCCAUUACACUCGCAUUACAUUUGUCUUUACCAUCGGCUUGGUUUCCACCGUGCCUCUGCAGUGCUGAUCUCACCGACGUCUGGAUGGGAGCCAGCCGACACCCUACAGUAUGUAGCCUACUUCAGGUCCGUCUAUACGGUGUUUACAUGGAUCAGUUCUCUUGAAAGGCCAGAACGAAUGGGAGAACAAGUAGAGGAAUCGUCCCUAUCAUGAUUGGGAUUGGGUUCUGCUGUGUCUGUCUGGGCUUUGACAGACAACCAUGACGGAUGCUGCUGAGGCUUGGCAAAUGUAACCCCAGAACUUAAUUGACUCUGUCGAUUAAUUGGGAACCAAGCCAUGCUGUUGAGUAAAUGGUCUUUUGUGCAUGAUGUGCCUAUAGAUGAGUUCUUGUCGAGAUGAGUUGCAAUUUUUUAAAACUUUUUUAAAAACGCUUUUUCAUGCUUUCAGUUUGACAGAUUCAGAACAAAUUACACACUGCUAUAUUGGCUGUAUUUUAAGCAUGUGUAAAGGUUCUACCCCUCUGGGUCUGCUUGGUACUUCAAUCCCCAUGCCGCUGAUGUUCUGCAUUUAAACUAAGCUGAGUUAUUUAACAUCAUAAAUCUACAGCUGGGCGUCAUUUUCUUGGCUCAACAACAAAAUCAACAAAACGUGCUGUAACAGAGCUAAAAUGAUCUUUAUUGUUCUUUGAAAAGAUGUAAUCUAUCAUUACUUUGUACUGAUGUGUAAAUCCAUGUGGUUCCACGAGCCCACACAUCUUUACAACAGUGACCACUAUAAGAGAAGUGGAACACAAAUAAGAGGAAUGUGUAGGAAGUGGGAAAUAUUUAGAUUUUUCACCAAAGAUAUUUGAAGAUCUGUUAUUAUGUGACGUUAUGUGAAGCGACAUUGAGUAUCUAGAAAGGUGCUAUAUAAUACAAAUGUAUUACAAUUAUUAUUAUUAUUAUUAUUAUUAUUAUUAUUAUUAUUAAAAAUAUGAAUACUCUUUCUCCUGUACAUUGAGACGUUGAUUCUGAGAAACACUAUUUUCAAAAUAUGAAUAAUAAUUAUUAUAUAAAGAAUCAAGUUUUUAAAGCUUUUGUCAUGGUAUGGUAAUGGUAAUUGUUAAAUUGUCACAAUUCCAUAACAAUUUGAAAUACUGCCAGCAAUCGGCAUUAAUGGCUUUAAUGUGUUAAAUGACAAAAAAAAAGUGCACAUAUAUGUUUAUACUGUAUUCUGACUGCAAUGUAUAUGUGUAUGGUUACAUGGAGAAGAAAGUAGAUUUGAUUUUGUGCCGUUUAUUUUGGGUUUUUUAAUGCUCAAAAUAAAAUAAAAUACCUAUUAUGUGCUA